AUGGAUAUAUUUCUUACCAAUGGACCUGCUGGCAACGGCGCACAUCUGCUCGGGUCGGAUCCAGCAACUGCAUCGAUACCUCCCGCUCUACGCGGGACAUUUGAUGUCGUGCGUAUAGCGGGGCUUGGAGGAGUACUGCGAGAGAAUGAGUGGCGGACGUUGCUGGCGAACUUGUAUACUGCCCUGAAGCCAGGAGGCUACGUCGUGGCUGUCGAGGGCGACCCCGUGGCAUACACAGAAAGGCGGCCGCCGCCACUAGCCGGAGUGGCACACGAUCUGACAGCAGCAAUGAGCGGUCCGAGUGCAUUGGCCCAAAUCAAUUGCGUACUCACCGGUGCAGCAUUACAGCAACAACUGGUUGUAGAUCUUUCCUACCGUCUCGGACAAUUGCUACAGACCGCAGGCUUUCACGUUAAAGGCUGUUCACGCGCUCUGGGGCCGACUGGUGGGCUGUGUUCGCGUUACACGGGCUUACGUGGAACGCCACUUCAUGAUCUCCGUGCAACGGCCACGACAAUCGUUUGCGAGGCCAUCGAAGCGCUCUCGCGUACUCUACUUUCACGAGGACGCUUACAAGCACCGCUGUCCACGAGCAUCGGUACCGAGGAGGGACGAGCAUCGUUGGCACGCGGGGCACAGGCACAGGUCCAGGAGGGCGUGCUUCUCUUGUUCGCAGAGUGGGUGGCUCAGAGACCGAUAUCAUAA